UGAGAGCGCAUUGUGCGUCAGCUUUGCAAAAUGUGCAUACAUAUGCUACCACCAAACACAUCCGCUGGUGCGUUUGUGUACAUAUUACAUAUAUAAAAAUGUUUUAUAAAAAAGACGAUAUCCAACGGACAGCGAACGCCAUGGAUGCUGUGAUUAAUAGAUCAUUACGGCAGCUGAUAACCUGACUAAUUUAUGACUCAUAGUCCAUCUGUCUGUAACGACGCUGACCUGCGUAACCUGUCGUGUCUUGUCACAGCCUGCGGUUUUAUAUGAAUCAAACCUCAAAUGGAUCGUGUCAAUUCAUCUGAACGGAUGUAACUUUUUAUUUUGCAACAUGCCGCUCACUUUCCUGGUAUCGCUCAGCUGAAGCUGUAUUUCAUCUCAACUUAUUAAAAACCCUGACCAAUUUUCCCGCGCCGCACGAAUAUCCUCGAGAUUGGGACAAAGGCCCGGCCUCUGCAGACCUUGUGCACCGUUGCUCCCACGCUCUGGCGCAGGCGGGGCAUCUCGUGCGGCGAUUCUGCAGAGGGUGGUCCACCGCAUGAGGUGGGUAUAAAAGGCCACCUGCACCUCCAACUUCACCGCAGUCAGCUCCUGAUCUCAGCUCUCCAGCACCGCUACAAUUCUCCAGAAAUCAUGAAGCUGGCUAUCCUGGUCUGCCUGGUGGCGUCGACCGUCGCCUCUUACGCCGGCGUCGGAGGAGUGAGCGGCAUCUCAGCGGUCCGCGCGGCCGGCACCCCGGUCAACCCGUACACCCAGCGGUCCGUGCUGCGUCCCGGCUACGGCCGCCUGGGCGCUCUCGGCGGAGUGGGCGCUCUCGGCCGGGGCGUCGGAGGUCUCGGCCGGGGCGUCGGAAGUCUCGGCUACGGCCAGAGCUACGGCUACGGCGGUGUUGGCCAGCUCGGCCUGGGUGGCCCCGUCGGUCUGGGUGUUGCCCCCCUCGGCGUCGGCUCCGUCGGUGCCGGCGGCUAUGGCGGUCCUCUCGUCGGUGGACGUUUUGGACGCGUUGGACUGGCGGGAGCGCCCCUCGCUGGCCUGGGCCGCGGAUACGACUACCUGUAAUCUGCUGACAACCGAUGUAACUGCUCUCUGAACACCACGGCAGUGAAGAUUUAACAGCAAUGGACAUUAUGUGAUGUGAAUGUGUGUGCUGGUGUGUGUAAGUUGAAAUAAAUAAUGAUUUGAUAUAAACAAAUGCGGUAUAAUUUGGUGCGUUAGCCGUAAGGAGCGACUUUCUUCAUCUAAAGUGGCCUGACUUACCUCCAUUGAGUUUUACAUCGAUUUCUGUGGCGCAAUUUGGCAACGCAUCGCUGGAUAUUCGUUGUUCGACCACAUUCAAUGCCUUCUUACAUACCCACAGGCUUUGCAAAGCUGCGCGAACAGUCACAUACUAGGGUUACCCGCGUGCUCCGCAACGCGAAGGGGGGAUUUUUUGACCCGUGGGUAUUGGGUUGGUCUGUGUCGAUUUGGUUGGUAGAUAUCCAUUUCGUUCGAUUGCUUUUUGACGGCCAAGCAUUUUGUAAGAAAACAAAAAGAUACAUCGCAUCGAGGUGCCCGUGUCGUAUUAUCAUGCGUUCUACUUUAGAAUGAUUCGAAAACUGGCGUGAAGUCUUUUGAGGGCCAUCGAUGAAUUUCCCUAAAAAUGACAAUGUAAUGGUUUG